GCACACCAGAAGGCGCUAUAUUCUGUUACGUGGCUUUGGAGCCACUUUGGGUUUCACUUUUGAUUCAGAGCCACUACGAGGGACUGCAGCUCUAUUCUCUAUUUUCUCUUUGCCUCACGACACUUUAACAGGAACCCCAAACAGAAAAUCAUCAUAAAACAGAUGGACAGUGAUAUGGAGGAGGAAAAUCAGUUCGAGGAGGCCAAGAAAGAGCUGGAGACAUGGAAGACUAAAGUGGAGAGAGCUGAUGAUGUCAAAUCCAGGCUCAUAAUGGAAAAACUGGAAGAAGAUGAAGCCAAGAAGAUUGCCAAGGAGGAGAUGAAGGCUUUGGCCAAUGAGCGAGCUGAGUGUGAGGAGGACUUCAGUCAGAGAAUGUGUGCAGUAAAGGAGGAAAUCCUGAAAGUUUCUAAACGCAAACAGGAUUUGCUGGAUAAACUGAAGAGAUUUCAGGCUGAACUGCAGAAUAAGAGGGCAGAGUCCACCAAACUGAAGCAGAAAUUCAAGAUCUAUGCCCAGAUUCCAGACACAGAGGUAAGGUUCAGCGCUCAGGAAAAAGAGGAAAGUGAUGAUGGCAGUCAGCCAAUCAGAGGAGUGUUCAUCAUCAGCCAGAGAUCAACUGUGCCUCUGCAGGGAGGACAGGCACUUAUCACCUUCGAGGAGGAGAAAGUGGCCUCUCAGAUCCUGAAGAUGCCCAAGUGCUCCGUGUCCUAUGAGGGCAAGAGUCUCAAUGUGAAACCAAAACGCAUAACCAUGGAUCCUGCUGUGAAGUUUGAGGUCCACCUUGAUGUCUCUAGAAAGGAGCUCAAGGUUUCCAGCAUCCCUCCUUCCAUGCCAGAGGAGAGAAUGAAGGACCGACUGGAGAUAAGUUUCUCUCGGCCCAGCAGAGGAGGAGGAGAGGUGGAGGGGGUGGAGUACGAUAAGAACACCGGGACAGGACUCAUCACCUUUCUUCACCCUGGAGUUGCUGAGGUCCUGGCCCUGAGAGGGAAGUACCUAGUGGACCUGGAUUCGGAAGUGAAUGUCCAGGUUGGACCUGUUUACAAACAGGAGCUGCGUAAGUUUCAGACCUUCUGUGGCUCUCCGAAACGAACCAUCCUCCUGAAUGACAUCAAGGACAUCACGGACAUCAUGGACGAGGACGAAGUGCAGGACAUAAUAGAGCUCCACUUCCAGAAGACCAGUAACCGUGGCGGUGAGAUAGAGAGCAUCAAGUACGUAUCUCGGGAGAAGGCUCUGCAGGCCUUUUUCUGUGAGGAUGCUGAGAAGAGAGACGGCUGAUAUUUCACCAGCCAGGGGCAAAACCUAGAGACAGCUCCAAAAUUUAAAACCAGUCUCCCAAUGAUUGUUAGAAACAGAAAUGUUUAUGAUAAUGUCAGAGAAGCUUGUUGAAAAUCUAUAAUGCCCAAAUUGAAUAGAAGAAUUUGGAAAAAAUUGUUUAUUCUGAGAGUCAAAUGAAAAGAUGCAGUGAUUUAAUCUCUCUGUGUUAAAAUAGAGUAAAAGUGUCCCUAAGCACUUGACUGUGACCCGUAACAUGUUCCACAUAGUCCCACAGUUCUGUCCUGACACAUUUAAUACUAAUGUCUACUUGCUAAACGAUGUAAAAUGUGUUAUCACAUGUUUCAUUCAUUCAAUUGUGUGUUUGCUUACUCACAAAUACAAUGUUUGAAGAGGAAUUGCUCUUUUGCAGUUAAUCAGGUCGGGGCUGUGAGAAGACACAGCCUCACAUGACAGAUUCUGGUGGUUACAGAAGGCUGCUUGUCCUCUAUCUGUAUAAUCAUGCUAAAGUGUAAAAAAAUGCAGCCCUUGCACUAUUCUGUUCUAAUACAGCGCUGUUGUAUCUCAGCCUUCAUCUAAAUCUGUGUUGCUUUCACACAGACCUGUUAUCUGUCUGUAUAUCUGAUAACAGGUUUAAAAUUGUUACUAUGCUCUUCUCUUCUUCACUGGGCUUAUUAAAAGUUCUAAAUCAA